CGCCCGCUUUUGCAUCCGGCAGCCGAUGACACUGGCGACGACUGAAACACAACUGAACAGCUACCAGGUCCGUCACAACAGAGGCUGUACGGUACAAGCAGCAUAGUCAUCCAUCUCAUCAUCUUUACGAUUGAUGAUUGCUUACUUGCUUGCCACCCGACCAUCCCGCCGCCGUCAUUCAUCAACCACCCCUCAUCUCUCUUCCAGAUUAGCUCUCUCUCUCUCUCUCUCGUCUCCAGGUCUAUCUAGUGCGUAAUCAAAUCGUCUUUGUCAUCGGAUGAGAAGACCUCAAACCGCAUCCAACCCAUUCGUUUCCCUUCCAUCGACUCCGGCCGGCUUUUCAUUCUUCAACUUUUAACAACCACAACCACAACAACAACAACUCUUCUUUCCUCGGCCAAUAUUAUAAUAAUCAUCAUCACCACAUUCUCCCGCCGAGCAUCGUCACUUUGAAUCCACAAGCUGCUGCCGAGUCCAGCAUUACGAGCGAUUUCCCCGACGUCCAUCUUGUCACCGCCCAGACCAGCAUCGCUGCCGAGUUUACCUUGUUAUCUUAUCACUUCAUUACGCAAUCUCCAUACCGUACAAUUACCCGGAUAAUCACACAAACCCACGCCAAUCACUUAAGUACUUCGUCACCCAUACCAGUACCAGGAAUCGCGUUGAUUUCUAAUACUCGCGACAACACGGAUCCACCAUGCGACGACCGUCGGAUAGCUUGACCGAACCCGCUCGGAACCUUGAAGAAUCAGUCGGAUCCCCAUCGCCAACUACCCCCGAUCCCACCACCGAUCUUUCUCUCCCGCCUCCUGAAGAGCAGAUAGUAAGCCAGCAGGCCGAUGCCGACGUCAACGUUGAUCCCGCUACCAUUACACCACCCCCGCACAUUGCCGCCCGCCUCUUCAUCCGGCCCACCAACCAGACCCGCCGCAAAGACAGUGCAGCUUCGUCGCGUCGCAACAGCUUCUCGUCCGCCCAUUCCCGCUCUUCUCACGGCUGUGGCCGCGACGUCGGUCCCCAGAGCAAGUAUGUCGCCCAACACUUGCGCCGCGCCUCCAUCCUCGAAGACCGAAAGGCCCGUCUGGCCGACCGUGCCGCCCAUGCCGAGAAGGUCCGCAUCCGAGCCGCCAAGGCCAAAGCUACCGUCAAGGAUAUCACACAAAGCGAAGAGAGGGCCAUUGCGGCUGCCAUGGCUCGCGAACGCAACCUAGCCGAGAUCGCCGCCGCCUGUGCCGAGGAGGUCAAGAGGGCCAAGCAGAUCGCCGAGACCAUGAAGGAGAAGCGCGAGCAGGAAAACAAGAAACUCAAGAUGCAGAUGGAAGAACGUCUGGCCGAAGCCGAGAGGAGAAGGGAAGAACUGCGUAACCGCAAUGCUGCCAAGGUCAAGUGCAGGGAGCGCGGUCAGAGCCUUGUCACAAGGAAACCCACCUUGGUCGAGGUCAUGCCCGAGGUCAAGGAAGUCAAGGAGCGCGAGUCGAGCCCCAUGAGGCCCGAGGCCGCCGCCAGUAGAAUUCAGUGGUGGUGGAAGUCCAUGAGUCGCAAACGGGCCGUAGCCGAGUUUAGCGCGCUAGGCCUCACCAUCGACGUUGUUAGGGAGACGUCCUUCGAUACCGUUACCAGCUUGCUGUCACAGGAGAACGUCUUGGUGGCCACCUCUCGAGUGCUCCGCAUCUGUGGGCUCAACGAGGGUGCGCCUGGGUCGGUGGAAGAGAUGACGGCUGUCCGCUCGUUUCUGAGCGCCUUCCUUAUCCUCGGCCACCCAUCCCAAGUGCUUAGCAACAAGGAGGGUACCGGAGAACCAGAGCAGGAACUCGUUGGCAAGGCUGGUGACCUACUAAUCUCGUUUGAGAAUAUUCUAGGCCGACUGACCGCGUUUAAUAACUACACUCCGCCACCGGCCCUGUUGGAGUCGUUCCCCGAGGUGUACGCUACCUUCUACAAUGCUUUCAUUGCCUGGAAGGCCCGUGAUUCCAGCUCUCUGGUUGAGCUCAUGGUGAUGCAGUUUGUCGAGCUGGACGCUAUUUGGGAGUCCGUCAAGGACAGCACAGAUGGGUCCGUUGACCAGGUGUACAGAGAAAGUAUCCGAGAAAACCAGCUGCUACUGUUGGUUCGCAUCAAGAAACUUGCCGGACCCGUCCGUGGCAAGCAGCUGGUAACUGAAGCCGUCAGGGCAGCCCGCAAGGCUAGAGUCAAGAAGCCUCGCGGUGAUUUGAAGCCCCGUGUGGCAGAGCAGUCAGAAUCAGAGACAGGCAUGGGCGUCCUUGGUGACGGCAGCAACCAGGGUCAACAGACACAGACUCCCACGCCCCCCUCCACUCCGGCCAGACAGGGCGAGACCUUCAAGAUCAGCGUCGUGCUGCCACAUACCAAGAGCCUCUUGCCAGAAAACAGAGUGGUUGUGCACGAGCUGGCCAUCAAUAGGGACUUCCGCACCGAGCCCAGCGAAUACCACGAGCAACAAGCCCAUUUGCUCGCACCCCUCUUUCAAGAGAUGCGGGCAACAAUGCAGGCGGACAACCAAGAAGUACACUUUAUGCUUCUGCUGCGGGUCGCCGAUAUGAUCCGUGAGAAACUCCAGAGACUUGUCAGACCUGGCAACCCCAUGCACACGCUGAUCGGCGAGCUUCUUGAUACGGAAAUGGCCCAGCGCCAGUUCGCUAUGGGCAGCUUCUCGUACGAGAAACUGUUCCAAGCCAUGGGAACACUCCUGCCCAAGCUCUGUGCGCCUGUCCGCGACGACGAAGUCAAGAUUCUUGCCGAAGAAAAACUCGUUCAAGGCACGUAUGUUGACCGUCUCGAGGCACUGAAUGCCUUCAUCGAUGUCAUGCUUAGUGACUAUGCCAACUACCUACUUCAACAAGCCGCGCCCCAACUGAUCGAGCAAGCGCCCUCGUACGAAGCCAAAGCCUUUGCCGCCGAUAUCGAAGCCGGACGCUACGAUCUCUCGGCUGCCAAAGCCGCCUGGCGCGCCGCACGUGUGAAGCUGAUGGGCGAAGCUAGCCGCCGCGACCCCGAAGGUGUUGACGUUCCUCGAUCUCGCCCCACUGCCAACAAGAUCUACAAUCAAAUGCUCGUCGACCUCUUCACCCAGCCGCAUCCACUCAGCAUUGGCGAGAUGCCCGAAAUGCUGCGGCUCGAUCACAAGCGUGUCGUGGAAGCGGGCCGCGUUACCAAGAGGAUCAUCACCACAGGUGCUAUCCUCCUGCAAUGCAAAAACCUGCUCAAGCGCGACGUCCGCGGGCCCUGGCGAACGGAAUCCCAGCGCAUUUUGGCUGUACUCGAGCGGAGCGAAUCAUCCUCGGACCCCGUCCCUACCGAUCAAACAGUCGACGGGAUCCUCACCGCUCUCGAAGCCGGCCGGUCCAUGCCCGCUGCUACCAAGGUUCACCUGCGUGCCUUUGUCACCAAGCUGGUCCUCUCGGCCGCUUCCAUCACGGCCGAAAACCGUGAACCUAGCGAUCCCGUCCUUCGUCUGCUGCUGAGCAGGUUGAGGGCCUAUGUCUUGCAAAGACUGGCGGCUAGCGCGUCGGCUUCGGAAAAUGUCAAGGCUACUAGCACCGCUGGAGAGAAGCUGGCGGGUUUGGGACUAGCAGAGUUUGUGGAUAAGGUGAGGGAUUUGGUGGAGAUGCUUGGGAGGGUCGGGGAGGUGGAUAGAGGGGCGCAUGGAGUGUGGUGGGAUCAGGUUGCGGAGACUGUGGAGGGUGAGGCUCAGUAAGGGGAAAGUGGAUGGGGGGUGUUCGCGCGACGAAGAGAGAUGAUUGGAAGAGGGAAAGGGGGAGUGAUUGCAUAUAUACCAUGGCGUUUUUGGUCUUUUGUUUGGGUAUCGUUGUCUGUGCCACGGCACGGCACCAGCGAUGAGUUUUUCUGCUUUUCCAUCUGUUUCAGGCGUUGAGGAUUUGCAAAUGAGCUAUAAGGCUCUCGCAAGGGAAUGGGUUUCUAUGGCAUGGGAUCGGAUAUUGUCAGUUUGUGAUGGGUUCUGUUUUCGUCGGGAUGAUUUGAAGCAUCAUUCACAGUCCAUGAUCAUUUGAGAGGAUCAGGAAUGGCAUUUACUAUCAGUAUAUCUGCGUUUCGUUCACGUUAAAGGUACUUAGCGUCGCUGAUGUGACAGCGAAUGCAAAAAAGAAUGAUUAUCAUUUCCUCCCCAU